AUGGCUCCCGUCCCGGAGGCCUAUUUUCCGUCCCUGGACAAGUGCUUCUCCGGGGACGUUCAGCUCUUAUCUUGGAAAAGAGCUUUCCUUCACACCCUCGACCCUGAAGGUCAUGCCGAUGAAGGCGCAAUCAACGCCUUCCUUUCACAUCCCGACAGCGUUCACCUGCUUUCCGAGAGCUUGAAACCGUUCCCUCCUCCUUCCGCUAAAACUAAGUCCGAAUUCGACUCCAAAACCGCUGCUAUUCAUGUCGAGACCAAUGGCCAGAGCUCUUUCAAUCUCCAGGAAAUCAAAGCCGACGCUCUAUGGUUGAGCGAAAAGGCCAAAAUCGACGAGGUCGCUGCUCUCCGGAUUGCUGUGCUGGAAUGGCAGGACCGCCCGGCGACGCGCCUCAACCUCGGCUUUUCUAACGAAGAGGCGACGAGUCUACAAAGCGCGACUGGGACCGAGAACUUUCGAGGCUCUCUGGCAGGCCCCCACUUAGCCGCUAUCCUGAGCCAGACAGGUCGAAGCGAGAGCAUCUUGUCUUUUGAUGCAGAGGAAAAUAGGCGCCUGCGGUUGCGCGAGUUGUAUCUUUGCGAGACAACUCAUGUAUUGAAAACGCUUCGCAAACUGCUCACUCUGUCCUUGCAUGAUUCUAUUUCUGAGACUGGCCAAACCACAUCUGCAAUCUCUGAGCGCAAGCUCGCUUUGCAAAAGCUGGGAGCCACUAUCUUCCACUCCAAAUCCUCAGGUGCCGGAUUAAAAGAAUUCGUCCAGGACUCCAUCGCCUCAAUACGCAGUCGGUUGAAGGCUUUGGAGAGUAAUGGCGGCUGGCUGAGUACCGCUGAGAGCAGCGAGGAAAUUGAAGGACUUUGGAGAACAAGCAUUGUGGAAGAGGUUGUUCACAUCUUGCAACUUGUUUUCCACCAGCUUUCAGCCUCGGCGGAAAUUCCAACAGCAGAGCUCCUGCUGUCCUGGCUUGAGCUCAUGGCCGAAUAUGGCUUCUUGCAAACAAUACAAGUGCCAUGUCAGCAACCAGAGGAAGUGCUGCUACCCCUACAGUCUUUCGCCUCGCUUACGACAUUGGCAUUCCUGAAAAUCCCUGAAGUCAUUGAUUCGCUCACGCAUCGCAAGCAUUCCGGAUACUCGUCGGAACCGUACUUCCUAUCGAAACGCAAACUCCCCAAAAUUAAUGAGAUCUUCCUCAGCGUGUGUGGGGAUGUGGUCCUUGCAAACCCAGCAGUCCUUGCGUGGGGCUUAAUUCUCCAUACUAUCGCAGAAUUGGCAACCACUGACAAGAAUGACAGAGAGGAGCGGCAGUUCAACACAGCUAUCGAUUCGUUCCAAUCGAACACGCAGCACGCAGGAUCAAUUCAAGGUUCAGAAUACUCGCUUUGGGAAGAUUUGCUGGAUUGUGCCCGGACUCCGAUACACACUGCUGAGGAAUCUAUUCUUGCAUUGGUAUCUGAUCUCGUAAAAGAAUCCGUUUUCGACACUAUUACUAUCCUCUCUUCAAAGAUCGAAUCAAUGUCAGCCGUCGAUGACGGCCUGACAGCCCGGUGGAUCCGCCUGUGCCUCAUUGACUCCAUUAGACUUGCAGUUCUGUAUCUGGAGUACACAGAUGUUGUGGAGUCUGUACUGGCAAUUUUGGAGGACAAUGGCAGUGGCUUUUCCAGAGAUUUGGACUCAUUAGGGCCUGCCAGUGAUCCCAAACGUGUAUUUGCCAAAGACCGCUUCCUGAUGGACAGUAUCUUCAAUGUCGCACGGUCACGUUUCCCAUAUGAAACUUCACCUUUUCUGCGCCUUUGUCGGGUUCUUGUCAGUGGACACAGUUUGAACGAGGAUGGCUUGCCCGAGAUUCUGGACGAGCUGGAAAACAUGCAGUCCUUCACGCAAAUAAUGGAGCCCCAUUUCCAAGGCUAUGCAACAAUUCGAGAGGACGAGGACGCAAAUUUUGUGGCUUUGCUUCAACCCCUCCCAAUGUUCGAGGUCACAUCCUACCAUCAUCAUUCUCAAAAAGCAUCGAGCAAUGCUUUGGUCGUCUGCGGUUCUUCGCAACUUCCUACACAAACAAUUGGCCAGGUCAUCUCUGAUUCAAAGCCAGCUGUCAUCAAGUGGGUACAUCAAUACUCCUGCUUAAGUUUCUUGGGAAGUUGGCUUGAAGAAUGGAGCGAAAAUGGUGGUCAAUCCCCUGGAUGGACCGAUGACACCGGCACAGAUAUCAUUGCGCUCCUGACAGAAUUGAUAGCCAAUUCUAAGACUUCAAGUACCGAAGCGGCCAGUGGCAAGCGAAUUUUGGAAAUGGCUAGCGAUGGUUUGUCUAAGCAGGGCGACAUUAUAUCCGUGGUCUUCGACAUUUUCGAGCGCAACCUGCAGAACACUGGAUCUCGAGGAGACGCAACCAAAUCUUCAAGUGCAGCCAUGGCAUGCUUGGGCUUCAUCAAAGCCCUUAUCAAGGUUCUCCCCAGUCGUGUAUGGCCAUUCCUCGGCCGUAGCAGCUUCAUCGGAUCCGACGGUAAAGGUGGUAUGAUGAGCGCUAUCAUCUCCGCCAUGGAGGUUCCUUCUGGUGAUUAUCCAUUCCUAGUCAGCUGUGUCGAUCUUGUCGAAGCAGUCGUGGAUGAUGCAGCAUCCCGAGCAGUGUUACGGAAAAGUCCGAGCAGUGUAUCAAGCAAAUCAUCCAUUGCGUCUGACUGGAGUGCGGGUAUCCCUUCUCAUGUCAUGAGAAAUAUUCUUUUGAAUCUCACCCGUGUGAUGGUCGAGAUCUUCAACAGCAACGGCAGCUGGAGAUUCAACCUACCUGAACAAAGAUUCAAGGUGAACUCGAUGCUUGCUGCCUCCUUUGAGCGUGUGUUGUACUACGCAUAUGGAAUCAAUGAUGGUCCCAAGCUAGAUUCAAAGGUUACUGGUGUCUUUUCUGCUUCUGCAGCUUAUAUCCUGGAUGCACUGCGACCUCAGUCAACCACAGACCUGACUUUCAACCCAAUCCUUCGAUUGAUCACCGAAGGUCUUCAAGCCCCUCCCACACUCCACCUCCGAUACCUCAAGCUAGUCGAAAACCAGGUCAAUUCUACACUGCGGCUUUGUAUCAAACUUGUGCAGGCAGCUCAACUGGCCGAAAAACCUACCUCCCUUCUAGAAGAGCAGUUGUUCAAGGCUAGUCCCGUUCUUGUCAAACUUUAUGCCCUGCACGAUCCUUUCAAACUACCGGUUGUGUCGAUGCUUGAGAUAUUGAUCUCCAGCGCUGCUUCAAUUCCAGACAAUGAGCCACCAUCCCUUGUUGGUCACCUCGGGGCCGAGUCAUCCUGCCUAUUCCUUGACGUCCUAUCACAGCUUGACAAGCCUUUGGGUGACACUGCCUUGCAACUUGCAAUCUGGCAACUUCUGUCAACAUUCGUUAGCAAGCGCCAGCAGUGGCUUGCAGUGUUUAUUUUGACGGGAGCAUCUCCUCGUCAGACUCUGAAGAAGGGGGCACCUUCCAGUGGUCUAAAAAUGCGAAGUGCGCCUUUCCUGCAGAUGGCGCUUGAGAAAUUGUCCCACAUCGAUCAAUUGGAGCCACAGGUGGCUUUAGCGUUGCUCGAAUUUAUCUCUCGUGCACAAGAAAACUGGCCGUGGGCCACUCCUCAUAUCGGCAAGCAUCCUCAGUUCUUUACCAGCAUUAUCAACUACGUCUCAAAGUUGAAGAUCGCCAAAUUACCCGUUAUGGACCAAAUCUAUAGCACACGGAUUGCGGCUGUGGUCGCCGACCUUUGCGCCGUCUACAUGCACUCGGCAAAGGAAGUGAACGACCGAAGCUUCAUCAAGACUAUGAUUCCAUUAGUAUCUUGGUUUUCUCACGGCGCAGUUGAAGUUUCCGCUUACAAUGCUUCGUUGCAUGCGAACCUGAAGAAGAACUUCGAGAACCGAUACUCGGGUUGCAAGAUUAUCGACUUUAAGAGAACCCUCCUCGAAGUUCGCACUCUCGGACAGGAUUACUACUACGACUUGAGUAUGGCCGAAAAGCUGCUAUCCUACGACUUCGCCUGGGCUGGAAGCCGAAACCGUGGAUUUGCCGAUGAGUUCCAGCGCGCCAAUAUCAACCUAUCUCUUGUCGAGGCACAGGUGGAUCUUCUCAACAGCUGGAAGUUCUUCGCCAUCGAGCAUUGCACAGACUUUAUGCCUGAUCACGAAAUUCGAAAGUCAAUGGCAGUAGUUGCGCAGAACUGCCUAAUCGCCAACACCGAAAGUGGUGCUUCCGAGGCUAUCUUUGAACGAAUCAAACAAACGCGCGUUGACUUCGCCCAGGCUCUCCUACAGCGUCUCGUUGAGGUGGGUGCUAGAGGUGCCGAGGUUUUCCAGUUACUUGAAAUUGCUUGGAAGGCACUUCGAGCCCGGCACCCGUCAUAUGAAGAUGCUCUGAUCCACGAUGACACAGAAUAUUUCCGGUCACUCUUGAAUGUGCUGUUCCUUGCCCUUCAAUUCCACCUAGACAGUCCCUCUCGCGCAGCUCCCGAGGUCAUCAACAAGAAGGCCGAAAUUUCGUCAGAUCUGACAGUUAUCGUGGAAAUUGUAAAGACCGUUGUGGCACAGGGCUUCAGAACGCUCACCACGUAUCUGCACGAGGAGCCCGAAAAAUGCACGACAAAGGACUUCGCUAUCAUCAUUGCUAUCCUGCAGACGGUCUUGCAAGUGAAGAAUGCCGAUCGUUUGUAUGAGCACAUCGUGUACCACAUUGAGGAGAACGAGACUGUUCGCCAUGCAACAACGCUCUUCUCUUGGGCCGAUCAGCUAGCAGCGGCAGGUGACCCUGUUUACGCCCAAUACAGUGUCUCGAUCCUCGUCAAGAUGUCAACGCUGCCCAUGCUCGCAGAACACCUAGCCGUUGAGGCGGUCUUGAUGAAGCUCUCCACCUGUCGUCUCACAAACCUCCUCACCUCGGCCAACGGGUUCGGACCCUUCGAUCAAGUUCCUCGCCUGUUCAGUAUCUGGACUGGGGGUUUCCUCCCCCUCUGCUUGAAUCUUCUCUACAGUGUCAUGCGCACUGCACCGGAGGUUGCAGCAUUCCUGAACCAGUUCGAAGGCCGUCUUACCCGUGCCUCGGACGCAUUCUCAACCGCGCAUGCGGGCACUACUAUAGCACCAUCAUCCAACUGGAUUACGCUUGGCAUGGCUUCCGAGGCCAACUCCCUUGGUCUAAUCGCCCACAUCCUGGACCGAUACCGGGUUGCCGGCGCCAGUGUUGGAAUUGAUACCCAGGCCAUCCAGCCUCUCAAGUGGGACAGGGUACAGGUCCGGGAGGAUAUUGAAGAAUUGAUUGGCCGCCGCUCUGUUCUACGAACACGCAUUGUCGCAACGUGUGAUAAGGAGAUGGAAUGGGCCCGGAAGAAGCCUCUCAGCGCGACUUCUGGGGCAGAGAACCGGUUGGAAGAGAAGGUCGUCAAUCAGAUGAAGGCCACACUCGCCUGUCUCAAGGAGGAUUCAUGA